AUGAAACCAGAAAUCGUUGUUCAAGGGAUAAUCCAGGAAUUAAAGAACAGUAGCAUUUCUGAGGAUGUGGCCGCUGGAUUGGCGAACAAAUUUGUCGUAAUCCUCUUUGCAUCGUCGUUAUUGUCGUUAUCGGCACCCUUUCAAGUAUACCGUUAUUAUUAUAACUUUCCCACUGAGAUGCUCGUCUCGGUUAACACCCUACUAUUUAUUGCAUGA